ACAUGAUCCCUGCUGUCUUGUGAUCCGGCGGCUCAGUGUGUCCUGGUGACAGGGGGUUCGGGAUCAUGUCGCGGGGCGGUGUUGUACGGGGGCUGCUAUCCAUACUUCUAGCUUACUCAUGUCUCGCUGUCCGGGUGAUGCAUGAAGAUCUCCGUGUGAUGGAUGAAGACUUCCGUGUUUUGGAGCCCGGAGAUUCCCCGUUCGGUUCUUUGUGGCCGUUACCGCAGUCAGUGCAAAUCUCCGCUGAAACUGUGUACAUUCCGCCGGGUGCUUUCAGCAUAGUGCACGGUCCGGGCUCCUCUGCGGGGUCCUCCUGCCUGAUCCUGCAAGAUGCCUUCAGGAGGUAUUACGACUACAUUUUUGGAUAUUCUCGGUCACAAAAUGUUCCUUUGAAACUCACCGUGGGGCAGUUACUGCAGCUUCAGGUUGUCAUUACCUCCAAAGACCAUGACUGCCACACGUACCCCACCGUCGACUCGGAUGAAUCAUACAAAUUGACUGUUGGUGACAAUGUUGCUGUUCUUCAGGCCAAUAAAGUCUGGGGUGCUCUAAGAGGGUUAGAGACUUUCAGUCAGCUUAUCUAUGAAGAUGAGAUCGGCGCUUUCCUCAUAAACAAGUCCCAGAUUGCAGAUGCACCAAGGUUUGCUCAUAGAGGAGUUCUUUUAGAUACAUCACGGCACUACCUUCCAUUAAAGACUAUUCUUUUAAAUUUGGACGCGAUGUCUUUUAACAAGAUGAAUGUGUUUCACUGGCAUAUUGUUGAUGACCAGUCAUUCCCUUAUCAGAGCAUUCUAUUUCCUGAGUUGAGUAACAAGGGAGCGUAUCAGCAGUACACACAUGUUUACACUCCAAUCGAUGUCCGUUUGGUGAUUGAAUUUGCUAGACUAAGAGGCAUCCGAGUUGUCCCGGAAUUUGAUUCACCCGGACAUGCAGACUCCUGGGGUAGAGGCCAACCAAACCUAUUGACUCCAUGUUUCAAAGAAGGGCAUCACACUGGUACUUAUGGACCUAUAAAUCCCAUUUUAAAUGAAACCUAUGCAUUCAUGUACAAAUUCUUUCAAGAAAUCAGCCAGGUGUUUCCUGAUCGGUACAUCCAUUUAGGAGGAGAUGAAGUAGACUUCUCUUGCUGGAAAUCCAAUCCUGAUAUUUCCAAGUUUAUGACUGAGCAUGGCUUUGGUGGCGAUUACUGCAAGCUCGAAUCCUUCUACGUUCAAAACAUCCUGGAAAUAGUUUCAUCGUUUAAAAAAGGAUACAUAGUCUGGCAGGAGGUAUUUGAUAACAAAGAUAAGUUGAACCCAGACACCGUUGUUGAAGUGUGGAAGGAGAAAAAUUAUCAAGAUGAAAUGGCAGCUGUUACAGCUGCUGGGUUUCAAGCUCUUCUAACUGCUCCCUGGUACCUAAACCGCAUCUCAUAUGGUCAGGACUGGAUCCAGAUCUACCGAGUUGAGCCAUCAAACUUUACUGGAACUGAAGCACAAAAGAAGUUGGUGAUUGGGGGCGAAGCAUGUUUAUGGGGGGAAUUUGUGGAUGCCACAAACCUUACUCCUAGACUAUGGCCCAGGGCCAGCGCUGUUGCAGAGAGACUGUGGAGUGACAAACAAGUGACCUCCGUGGGAGACGCGUAUAACAGGCUUGUUAAACAUAGAUGCCGCAUGGUCAGGCGUGGAAUUGCAGCUGAGCCUCUCUAUGUAGGAUACUGUGACCAUGAGCUAAACGUGUAAAUCGUGGACUGCUUAUCUUGGCUGCUGGUAAACCUUUUCCAAAUCAAAGGAAGGGAACAUACUCUGUAUUCAGGGAUGAAAAUAUGCACUUAAAAAAUCAACUCAUUCUCCAUAAUGCUGGGAAGCUUUAACAGCUGGAGGGAACCAAUGUAUGCCUUUUGUAUUUCUUAGAAGUGACUACUGUUUUUAAGAUAAAAUAAACUUUGACAAACUUAAAUAUAACGUGCAUUCUCUUGGGUAAGUUUUUGAAAAAAAAUCAUCUCACAAGCAGAAUUUUGCCUAAAUAUAUCUAGGUCCAAAUUCCAGAA